AUGCUCACCGAGGACCAGCUCCGGCAUUCGGAGCAGGCGCUCAUUAAAUUCCGUCAAGACGACGCCCUCUCUGAGAUUCUCGAUGAGUAUGCGGAGCUCAUCAGAGACUAUAACAAGCUGAAAACCGAAUAUGAGGAGGCUCGCGAGUCCCGUGAGAGGUACAAGAAGCUCUCGAAAGGCCAGGAUCUUGGUCAGUACGUCAUCGUCCUCAUUGAUGGCGAUGGUGAUGGCUACCAUUUCCAAGAUGACUUCGUCCGCAAAGGCGCCGAAGAUGGUGGCGGUAAUGCCGCCCGCGCCUUAAAUGAGGCAGUCAAAGCGAAGCUCGAAGCCAAGAAUCUGGAACACUGCCAGAUCCUUAUCCGCAUUUACGCCAAUGUUGCGGGUCUGUCUAAGACGCUAUCUAGGGCUGGUCUAUGUGGGCCGGAGAAGCGCUCCCUCACCCCAUUUAUUGCCGACUUUAAUCGCUCUUUUGGCUACUGCGAUUUUGUUGAUGCUGGCGAACUUAAGGAGAGUGCCGACUUUAAACUCCGCGAUCAAUUGCGGCACCAUAUCAGCAACGUGCAAGUAAUCGUGAAAGGUUUACUCUAA